GAUGUUUAGAAAUUUUACAAACAGAAUUUAAGCAUGUCCACCGUAUAUGAAGCUGCGGCUGCUAUUAAGCCAAAAUCUCAUGACGAAGAGGAAGUAGUAAAAAACCUCUGGUCGAUCCGACCCUGUUACUUAUAUAAUGAAGAAUACGAAGAUUGCACGAGCAUUAAAGCGCGGUUUCAUCAGUACUUCAUUCACGGCGAAUCAGUAGAUUGUAACCAAUGGAAGCGUGACUUCGACAACUGUGCACGAUUUCAAAACAAUUCCAUGGACACCAAAAGCGCAUUGGAGCUGAUCCAUAGCGAGCAAAGGCGACGCGAAGAACGGAUGAGAGCGCACUACAGCAAUAAUGUGUGGACUAAGCGGAAGGGACCGCCGGAGGAUUGGGCUAAGCCACUUCCAGAGGCUAUGCAAAAGGAAUACGAAUGCUCCUUCCUAGCUUCAAAAGCCAAAGAACUUCGCGGUGGACUUGAGCAUCCGGAAGCGGAGACGUCUUCCUGCUCUAUUAUGUGACCGAUUUAAUGAGGUAUUUUUUUAAAACAUGUCGUAAAGAAGCUUGCAUUACCUAUAUUGCACGCGUUAAGUUUAGACAUUUU